UAAAAUAUUUGACAAUUGUCUAUGAAAAUAACCUCAAAAAAAUCUUGAAUAGGAGGAUUUGUGCCAACAAAGUGUAAUUUAUGUAUAAAUUCUCCAGUAAAUAAUAAAAUGUAUUCAAGUGACGAUUACAAUGAGGGUGGAUAUGAGUCUUACGGAGACUAUGAACCCCACACAGGAGAUCCACAGUAUGAUUUGGAAUAUGACAGAUCAUCAUACUACCAAAUGCCUGAAAUGGUUAAAAAGUUUCUGGUGUAUUUCCGCAACAUGAUCACUGAGGGAAUGACGUUUGAGAUCCUGAACCUCUAUGAAAAUACAUUCCCUAAGCUCACAGAGCAAUAUUUCGAGAAUACACCCUGGCCUGAUGAGAAAGAAGUUGCUCCAGUUGUGGACAAUGACCAUGUUUUCAUGAUUCUCUACAAAGAGUUGUACUUCCGUGAUAUCUAUGCUCGAGUGCCCGGCGGUCCAAAGCCUGAGCAAAGGUUCCUCUCAUUCUACAACUACUGUGACCUCUUCAACUACAUCCUGUCAGCGGAGACCCCUGUUCCUCUGGAACUACCGGACCAGUGGCUGUGGGAACUCAUUGAUGAAUUUGUUUAUCAGUUCCAAUCAUUCGCUCAAUAUAGGUCUCGCACCUCCAAGUUAAGCCAAGCUGAGAUUGAGGCUCUGAACACAGAGAACAAAGCGUGGAAUGUGCUCUGUAUUCUCAAUGUGCUACAUUCUCUAGUGGAUAAGUCUAAUAUCAAGAAGCAACUUGAGGUGUAUGCGGCCGGUGGCGACCCCGACUCGGUGGCGGGCGAGUUCGGGCGCCACUCACUGUACAAGAUGCUAGGCUACUUCUCACUGGUGGGCUUGUUACGCCUACACUCUUUGCUCGGGGACUACUACCAGGCCAUCAAGGUGCUGGAAAACAUUGAACUGCACAAGAAGUCCCAAUACUCACACGUACCAGCGUGUCAGAUCUCCACAUCCUACUAUGUGGGCUUCGCUUACAUGAUGAUGCGUCGCUACGCGGACGCCAUCCGCACCCUGUCGUCCGCGCUGCUGUACAUGCAGCGCACCAAGCAGCUGUUCUCGUCGCGUUCCUACCAGAACGAUCAAAUCAACAAGCAAACGGAGCAGAUGUACCAUCUUCUGGCUAUCUGUUUGGUGCUGCACCCUCAGUGUGUGGAUGAGUCGAUUCAGCAGGUGCUGCGUGAAAAGAACUACCACGAGAAGAUGUUCAAAAUGCAGUAUGGCGAUCUCGGCGAGUUCGAAAGUUGCUUCACGUUCGCGUGCCCCAAGUUCCUGUCGCCCUGCCCGCCGCCCAUCGAGCCCGGCUCCAACUACGGCCGCGACGCCGUCAAACACCAGACGCAGGUGUUCAUGGACGAGGUCCGUCAACAAAAGAUGCUGCCAACAAUCCGGUCAUACCUCAAGCUAUACACGACACUGCCUCUAGCCAAGCUCGCCGCGUUCAUGUCGGCGGCGCGCGGCGGCGACCGCGACGCGGCGCGCGAGCACGCGGCGCUCGCCAUACACCUGCUGUGCUUCAAGCACAAGAUGAAGAACGUCGUCUGGUCCAAGGGGCCCAGCGGGCUCGACGGCAAGUUCCAGAGCGGAUCUGAGUUGGAUUUCUACAUCGACAAUGACAUGAUUCACAUUGCCGACACGAAGGUGGCUCAUCGUUACGGCGACUUCUUCAUCCGCAAGCUGCUCAAGUUUGAAGAAUUGAACCGAAAGCUGCACCACAUCAAAAUAUAAAUGUCUCAUAAGGCAUUACCAUUUAAUAUAUAUAAAAAAUAAAAAAAAUU